CCUGUCUCUCUCUCUCCCUCGCUACCUGUGUAUCAUUCAGCAUCAGCAAUGGCGAGAGGUCUACCAAACAUCUCCCUCUGUUUUUGUGUCACGUCUUUCUUCAUUCUUUUGUCAAAAGGUGCCAACGAAUACAUUCAGACAGCCAGGAAUGAUAGAGGCUGUUUACACGGCCAAAGAACGGUGGAUGGAAGCUGUGUGUGUUUGCCAUGCUGGAGCGGCCAUCAAUGUGAUGUUCCCAGAAAUCGACAUCCGCCCAAGUUUAGUCAAGAUGUGUAUUACACUUCCGUCACGGAUCUCAUUAGCAGGGAUAACAUUCUUGUUCCCGAGGCUUUCGAUGAAGACCUGAAGACAGUGUGCAAAGAGGAUGCAACAUGUCCCUGUGCCGAAGUCUAUUUCUCUAUUAUGGACGGAAACGAAGAUGGUUUGUUCACCAUUGAUCCCCAAUCUGGAGCUCUAUCGAUCAGCUUUGGAGCCGUGCCACAGAAAGAUCGAUAUGAAAUCACACUCAAAGCUUCAAAUCAAUUUAACAGCAUCAAUCAGCCUGAAUCCACAACCCUUGUCAUCGUAGAUUUUCCUAAAUACCAAAGCGAGGUCGAGAGCCCACAUCACAUCGAGAAAAGGGCUCUGUCAAGCGUUGUUGGAAACGUGACGUUUGACCUCAAGAAGAAGUACCCGUAUAACGAGACGACAGAGAUGAAGGUGGGCAGCCGCGUCCGGUUCCAGCUGACCAUCACGUUCCCGAUAGAGGACACAGACAUGCUGGUGGAACUCUUCACUCCGGACAACGAAACCACCGUCAUGAUCCUGUGUGACGUCAACGUGACGGCAAUCGGAAGCAGCCUCAUGUACAACGGAAGUAAAGAACCAGUAAUGGACUCCCGGGAACCCGACUCAGUAAUGUACGACAGAGCGAUUAUCAACUUUGGUGUUGUCCAAAACUCCGGCUGUGUCAAUGCGAUAGAGUGCAGCAUCUAUAUCGAGUACGAGGCAAUCCUUUUGGAGAAUCCUUCCACAAAUGCCGGAGAGGUUUACUGGGUCAGUGCUGGAGCUGAGUACAAUAAUGAGAACGAGGUUUGGGUGGGACAAGCAUCGUUUGUGGCUUUUCCAAAUGACACCACUGUUAGCGAAAACCCGACAGUUAAUUUUACCGGACCUAGCACUUUAUCCGUGGGAUCAGCCGCCGUUUUCCAGGUUGACUUACUUCUGCCUAAUCCUUCCUCGCUCCUGACUUUUGACGCCUUUGCUCCUAUCAAUACCUCUUCUGUCAUGUCCAUCUGUAGUGCCAAACUCAAGUACCUCUCAGACAAUUUUAGAUGUGGUUUUGAUGAAAGAGCAGUGUCUACACAAUAUUACCAGGAUCAAACUGGCAUUGGAAACUCUAUGGGUCAUCUUAAUCUAGGAACUUUGCUAAAUAAAGGAUCACGAGAUGUAACAAACGUUCAGGAGAACAACCUGGUGUCGGUGGAGUUUGUAGCUCACAUGUACAACGACCCCAGUUUUGUCGGCACUAAUUACAUGGUUGGGGCCGCGUUCGAGAUUUCACCGAACCAAAUAUGGGCUGGACAAAUGCAGGUCACUGCUACUUCUGAGGUGGAUCCAACAGGCAUGUCCACCCCGCUUUUGGAGUUCAACCCUCCCAACGGACAGACAGUUGCUAUUGGAGACGCCGUGACGCUCCUGCUUGAAGUGCAAAUUCCAGAUUCUACUACUACAUCAUACAGCCUACUAAUUAAGGCACCGUUUUCCACAACUGCUAUCUUUAAAGUGUGUUCAGUCGAGAUCAAAUCCAUUGGUGAAAACAUGCCUUGCGUUCACAAAGAGGACAAAAAGACGGUUUACUCGUCACGUGACACCGUGUCGUCGUCUCCUGAGCCUGACAUGGCUACCCUCAACCUAGGUGGGAUAACCAAUCUCAAUCUAAACAAUACUGCCACAGAAGCAGACACAAUUUCCUUUGAAAUAAUCGUUGCGCCAUUAAAUCACACGGAGGUUGUGGAUUUGUCCUCGCACACCGUGGAAGCCACGUUGUUUUACGCGGGAUCGUUAACCGUAGUCCAGUCAUCGUCCAUUCAAAUAUCUGGUUCUUCUGUGCAGACCACCAGUGUGUCGAACACAACCUCCCCGUCUUUUAACAUGGUUUACGUGUUUGGAAAUGAAAAUGUAGAGGUUGGUACUGCGACCCGCGCUCAGCUUGAGAUCACCACCAACAGAAGUGUGUCCUAUCCCAUGAUGAACAUGGAGUUCAUCAUGCCUCUUGGCAACACCUCCACCAAGCUGUCCAUCUGUAGAGCCCGGAUGUUGUCCGCCGGGAGAAACCUGCCCUGCGUGGCACCGGACUGGAUCAACUCCCAGGUCAUAUAUCAGUCACAAUACAACGAAACAGUCAAUGACCAGGCCUUGAUGUACCUAAGCACCGUCUGUAACUACCAGCAAGUGGACAACGUCACUGAUGACAUCAUCACCAUCGUUCUGGAUGUGAAGGUGGAGGAUAACCCCGAGUUGAUAACAGGAGAGAAAGAGUGGAUCAGUGCCGGGAAUCAGUACUCGGAUACAAAGAUAUGGGUUGGACAGCUAGCUCUGUAUGCCCAGAGAACAGGAACAAUCAUCCCGGGAACGACCCCGUACAUCAAUCUCAUCAAAAACACCACAUUGAGUAGCAUACCAAUCGGUUACCCCUCCGUGUAUACAGCUCUGAUAAAGAUCGCUCCACAGGAGAGUGCCCAAGUCAAGGUUUCUGUGACGGUUAGCAGCUCUGUGUUGUCUAUUUGCGGACUACGUAUAAAGGACAUCGGCGACAACUACCCAUGUGUCAAUAAAAACGUUACCACGUCAAUCAGCGGAUCUUCUGGCUUCAUUGACUUGGGUAUCGUCACAAAUACGGGACCCAAUGCACUGGUUUCCAAUGACUUCUACGACAGUAACACCAUUUUAGUAGAGUUGAUUCUUCAGCUAGCAGACGACACCACCACCGUAACUGAUGGCUCCAGUCACAGCUUUGACGUAGACGUGGAAUAUGGAAGUGACGGAAGUAAAAAGAGUUUUUCCGCGCAGACGAUUGUGGCCACUCAUGACAAAACAGUGGCUAACUUUACUUCGGUUGACAAUAGAACGGUGAAUUCUUUUUUUAUCGAAAACAUUGGAAGCAAUGUCUCUGAUGCAAACAUAGCAAAGGGAGAGUCUAAACGAUUUGUUCUGGAGAUGAUAUAUCCAGAAGGAGAGACAAAAGAUAUCACUGUUAAGUUUAUGUCGUCCUCAAUUACUUCACAACAAAACAACAUGGAUCUGUGUGGAUCCGGACUGACCUAUGUGGGAGAAAACUUCCCUUGUCUGGAUAAAACUAAAAUUACACCAGAGUACUCGAAGAGGACCGGGUCCCUUCUGAUGGAUACGGCGUCAUUACAGCUCGGGUUUGUUCGUUCUUCUGGGGUUAAGACUGGUGACAACGAAGCCAACAAACUCCGUUUGGAAGCGGUGGCUAGGCUUCUCCCCAGUUCAACACUGUCUGCGGGGACCGUGAUUCCAUUCCAUGUGGCUGUCAAUACAAACAACUUAGAGAUAUACGUGGGUCAGAUUGAUUUAACUGUGACCGACACGCCCACCGUCACUACAGUGACGACAAGCAUUGUGAAUACAUCCUUAUUGUACAUCAACUCCAGCAGUGACCCUCACCCCGUGAAUGUCGGUAACCUGACCACCCUUCCUAUCGUCAUGUACGUCCCUCCAAACACUAUGUCCUCGGUCCUAUUCGACAUUGAGCUACCCCAGUUAACAGUCACCAUAGGGACAAUCGAGAACAUCCGGGUUUCCUCCAGUGGAAGCAACAUUGGUUGUGUCUACGAAAACGAGUCUCUGGCUUUGAAAUUUGACAGGAAGUUCAAUUCAUCUAUCAACACAUGUCAGGUCCAUCAUGGGCAGUUGGAUCUUGGAACUGUCACUAAUACUGGGUUGUCUUAUGGAACGGGUACAAACAUAGAGGGUGAUGACCACAUUCUAAUAGAAGUGGAUCUCAGAAUAAAUGACAACAUACCUGACUCACUUGGUUCGGUAUUUCCAAUAAGUAUCGGGGCAAAAGUUGCAGACUAUAUUGUUAUAUACGAGAAAAACAUUUCUCUAACAAGAACCGGGUAUGAGAGGCCUGACCUAGAAAUUAUCGCUACUUACAACUCAACAUUUUCAACUUCAUCCUUGAUUGUUGUUGAUGCCAUCUUGAAACACAGUAAUAUGACGUCUGCGACUGCAAUAAACGCGACGGCCUAUUUUUAUUUACCGCCAUAUUUGGAGUACAAGAGUAUUCAAAGUAACGUUACUCACAGUGGUCCAGUUUUUAGAGAGGGAGUCGUGGAAAUCCAGUUUGACGAAGUUCUCAUGUGUGACGUCAUCAACAUGCAGCUGACACUGGAACCGAAUCAGACGACAACUGUGCCCCUCGACAUCCUCACGGAAAACACAAUGGUUGCGUACGAGGUCAGUAGCUUUAUGGCACACACUCCAGCCAGCGUCUACCCAUCCGACCAGGUCUUUGACACGCCCCUUCAAUAUCUGAACUUUAGUGUAACAGUCACCAAAGUAGGAGUGUGUGACCUACCGCUGGGUAUGACCAGUGGACAUAUAGACGACUGUCAGCUAGACGGCUCCAUAGAGAACGACCCGGCCCGACCCCCGUCACACGGCCGCUACAACGGCAACUCAGCAUGGAGACCAUUCUCAAGAGGACCAACGUUUUCCAAAUUCCGGUAUUUCCAAGUGUUCUUUGGCAACAAGACGUUGGUAAAUAAGAUUGUGAUGCAGAAAGGCGCGGGGUACACCCACCACCCCUCCCAGCUGUCCCUCAGAUACAGUAAUGACGGCUACUCUUGGCAAACGGCGGAAACGGUGGCGGUGUCCACGCCGUUUGCGGAGACGACCAUCUACCCCCAGAGACAGACCCAGGCCCGCUUCAUGAGGGUCUAUAUAGACAAGGAUGACACUAUUAACGGAGAGCCGCCAGACAUAGGACUCAAGUUCGAAUUCUUUGGCUGCUAUCUCAGCGGAGAAUACACUACAACAAGUGUAUGCAAUGCAGCGCCGAGUAAUAUAUACCCUAACGAUUUCUAUUUCCGUAGUUUCCAUGCUCUGAAUGGAAAAGUUCUGAUGUGCGAUAUUAAUCCUAAAGACAAGGACUUAAAACAACACUGCCAUUUCUCUGUAGACGGCGCUACUUGGACAGCAAUGGAUGGUCGCGUUGCCAGUCUUCUUGGACACGAGUCAACAAAAAAUAUAUUCUUUGCUUACGACAACGACCAGAGGUCGACCUUAAUGAGUGAGGACGAAGGAAUCACGUGGUAUAAUGUACCACGUGAUUUCUACUUGGACACACGAUCUAAGUUAACAUUUACCCCGUCCAAAAACGUCCCAAUGCAAGUGACCAACCUGAAUGUAGCGGAGCCCCAUGUCAACUAUCAAUUUGGACCGUGGGGAGUUACGUUUGAGGGUUUAUGGAAGAGUUCAGCAGGCAUAUGGAGUAGAGUGGUUGAAUGGGACACGUGUUGCUGAUAGCAGAGGGUCGAUACAUAGAACCACUGGACCCCGCACCCACUCAGUGACGCUACAACCCCUAUAAAACCUUUGUUAUAAACUUUGUUCGUUGUGACUUGUCAGUUUUUUGGUAUUUUAAAGAAUUGAUUCACAUGUGUGUUUCAUCUCAAUCUGCCCUUUAUUUGAUUUACAUAUUGCUGAGUAUCAAUGAUAUUCAGCGCCAGAUCCCAGUAGACAACAGUCUAGUGAUGUCAACAGCGUGCUUAAUCAGUGCCGACAGAGAUUACAUAUAUAUCAGUUUAUACUUUGAAAAAUAAAUUCCGUCCAUAUCGUUACAGUUGCCGAUCUAUUUAUAUUUAUUUAUAUGUAUCCCUAUAUUCAUACUAGUGUAUAACAAAGGUUGAAAACGCCGCCUGCUUCGUUAACGCUGGAAUUGUUAAUGUUUCAUUUCAUGUCAUACCGUUAUUAUUUUUUGUUUAUAUAUGUAAAACAUUCAAUGUU